CUCCUCCUCCUCCUCCUCCUCCUCCUCCUCCUCCUCCCUCCCGGCGGCGCCCCGCUGCCCGCCACCAUGUCGGCCGGCCAGGACGAGAGCUCGGUGCGGGUGGCGGUCAGAAUUAGACCACAGCUAGCCAAAGAGAAGAUUGAAGGAUGCCAUAUUUGUACAUCUGUCACGCCUGGUGAACCUCAAGUGUUCCUGGGAAAAGAUAAGGCCUUCACUUUUGACUAUGUGUUUAACAUUGACUCGCAGCAAGAAGAAAUCUAUAUACAGUGUAUAGAAAAACUGAUUGAAGGUUGUUUUGAAGGAUAUAAUGCCACUGUCUUUGCUUAUGGACAAACAGGUGCUGGGAAAACGUACACUAUGGGAACUGGAUUUGAUGUCAACAUAACAGAAGAGGAACAAGGCAUUAUAUCACGUGCUGUUAAGCAUCUUUUUAGAUGUAUCGAAGAAAAAAAACAAGCUGCUAUUAAACAAGGACUUCCACCUCCAGAUUUUAAAGUGAAUGCACAGUUCUUAGAGCUUUACAAUGAAGAAAUUCUUGAUCUGUUUGAUACCACACGUGAUAUUGAUGCAAAGAAUAAAAAAUCAAAUAUCAAAAUACAUGAAGAUUCAGCUGGAGGAAUUUAUACAGUGGGUGUUACAACCCGAACUGUGAAUGGAGAAUCAGAGAUGAUGCAAUGCUUGAAGCUGGGAGCUUUAUCUCGAACCACUGCCAGUACUCAGAUGAAUGUUCAGAGCUCACGGUCACAUGCUAUCUUUACUAUACACUUAUGUCAAACCAGAGUUUGCCCUGCGUUUAGCACUGAUAAUGCCACAGAUAACAGGAUAAUAUCUGAAUCCUCUCAGAUGAAUGAGUUUGAAACUCUUACUGCCAAGUUCCAUUUUGUUGAUCUAGCAGGAUCUGAAAGGUUAAAGCGAACAGGAGCUACAGGAGAAAGGGCAAAGGAAGGCAUUUCCAUCAACUGUGGAUUACUGGCACUUGGCAAUGUAAUAAGUGCACUGGGAGAUAAAAGUAAGAAGGCAACUCAUGUACCAUAUAGAGAUUCAAAACUUACAAGGCUUCUUCAAGACUCUCUUGGGGGAAACAGUCAAACCCUUAUGAUAGCAUGUGUGAGCCCUUCGGAUCGAGACUUCAUGGAAACCUUGAACACGUUAAAGUAUGCCAAUCGGGCACGAAACAUCAAAAACAAGGUGAUGGUUAAUCAGGAUAGAGCUAGUCAGCAAAUAAAUGCUUUGCGCAGUGAGAUUACACGGCUGCAGAUGGAACUCAUGGAAUACAAAACAGGUAAAAGGAUUAUAGAUGAAGAAGGUGUUGAAAGCAUUAAUGACAUGUUUCAUGAAAAUGCGAUGCUGCAAACAGAAAACAACAAUCUGCGUGUGAGAAUUAAAGCAAUGCAAGAGACUAUUGAUGCGCUGAGAGCCAGAAUAACACAACUUAUGAGCGAUCAGGCCAACCAAGUGCUAGCCCGAGCAGGAGAAGGGAAUGAAGAAAUUAGCAACAUGAUUCAUAAUUAUAUCAAGGAAAUUGAAGAUCUCAGAGCAAAAUUAUUAGAAAGUGAAGCAGUCAACGAAAAUCUUCGACGCAGCUUGUCAAGAGCUUCAACAAGAUCCACGUACUUUGGUGGACCAUCAACAUUUUCUACUUCUAUGCUUUCUUCAGAGAAAGAGACAAUGGAAAUUCUAGAUAUAGCCAAGAAAGACCUAGAAAAAUUGAAAAAAAAAGAAAGGAAAAAGAAAAAGAGGCUACAGAAACUUGAGGAAAGCAGUCAAGAAGAAAGAAGUGUUAAAGAGGAGAACACAGAUAAUGAGCAGGAGAAGAAAGAUGAAAAAGGCACUUUGGAGAGAGAGAAUAUUGAAUUGGAAGCAGAGGAAAUUCAGGAUGCAAGUGAUCAUGAGGAUGAAGAAGAAGAAGAGGAAGAGGAUGAAGAUGACAUGGAAAUUGUUGAAAGCUCAGAUGAAUCAGAUUCUGACUCUGAUGAAAAAGAAAAUUAUCAGGCUGACUUAGCCAAUAUCACCUGUGAAAUUGCCAUUAAGCAAAAACUGAUUGAUGAACUAGAGAACAGCCAGCGAAGACUGCAAACCCUGAAAAAACAGUAUGAAGAGAAACUGAUGAUGCUACAACACAAGAUUCGAGACACUCAACUUGAAAGAGAUCAGGUUCUUCAAAACUUGGGUUCUGUGGAGACCUAUUCAGAAGAAAAGGCAAAAAAAAUUAAGUCAGAGUAUGAAAAGAAACUCCAAGCUAUGAAUAAAGAACUGCAGAGACUUCAGACAGCUCAAAAGGAACAUGCACGUUUGCUUAAAAAUCAGUCUCAAUAUGAAAAGCAGCUGAAGAAACUGCAGCAGGAGGUGACAGAGAUGAAGAAAACCAAGGUUCGCUUGAUGAAACAAAUGAAAGAAGAGCAGGAAAAAGCUAGAAUGACUGAAUCUAGAAGAAACAGAGAGAUUGCACAGCUUAAAAAGGAACAGCGCAAGCGAGAGCAUCAGCUCAAGCUUCUGGAAGCUCAGAAAAGAAAUCAAGAAGUUAUCCUACGUCGCAAAACAGAAGAGGUUACAGCCCUUCGUCGGCAAGUAAGACCUCUGUCUGACAGAGUGGCAGGGAAAGUGAGUCGGAAACUGAGUCUGCCUGAUCAUCCUAUUCAAGAACCAAGUUCUAGUUCCUCUGUUGAGUAUGAUGGUUCGAGAACAGCAGCACAGCAGAAGAUGAGAAUUCCUGUUGCAAGAGUCCAGGCGUUAUCUGUAACUGCAACAAAUGGAACAGGAAAGAAAUAUCAGCGGAAAGCAGUGACAAGCAGAGUUUACUCCUCAAAGGCAGCAAGGAUGAAGUGGCAGUUACUUGAACGAAGAGUGACUGAUAUCAUUAUGCAGCGGAUGACCAUUUCCAAUAUGGAAGCAGAUAUGAACAGGUUACUUACGCAACGUGAAGAACUUACAAAAAGAAGAGAAAAGCUUUCAAAGAAAAGGGAGAAGCUCAUCAAGGAAGGGGAUGGCAGCGAAGCAGAUAGAAAUGUCCAAAACAUAAAUGAGGAGAUGGAAUCACUAACUGCGAAUAUAGACUACAUUAAUGACAGCAUUUCUGACUGCCAAGCAAACAUUAUGCAAAUGGAAGAAGCAAAGGAAGAAGGAGAGACCUUGGAUGUAACAGCAGUGAUCAAUGCUUGCACUUUGACAGAAGCUCGGUAUUUGCUUGAUCACUUCCUCACAAUGGGUAUCAAUAAGGGUCUCCAAGCAGCCCAGAAAGAAGCUCAGAUUAAAGUUCUUGAAGGACGUCUUAAGCAGACAGAAAUUACUAGCGCUACUCAAAACCAGCUGCUGUUUCAUAUGCUAAAAGAAAAAGCAGAGUUAAAUCCUGAACUUGAUGCUUUGCUGGGUCAUGCUUUGCAAGACCUAGAUAGCAUACCGCUGGAAAAUUUGGAAGAUAGUACCGAUGAGGACGCCCCGCUGCAUAGUCCUGGGGCAGAGGGAAGUUCAUUGUCUUCAGAUCUCAUGAAGCUUUGUGGUGAAGUCAAGCCCAAAAGCAAGGCCCGCCGGAGAACCACUACUCAGAUGGAACUGCUGUAUGCAGACAGCAGUGAUUUAGGCUCUGAUGUUAGUGCUACAGACUCUACUUUGCCUGGCCCUCUUACAGCUGUUGCAGAAACCCAAGAAAGUGGGAUGACUGCUGACACAAAUGAUACUUCUGCUAGGGACAGAGAGUUUAUUCCCCCACCAUCUGGCUUACCUUCUAAGAUAGGCAGCAUUUCUAGACAGUCAUCCCUGUCAGAGAAGAAGAUACCUGAACCUUCACCUUUAGCGAAGAGAAAAGCCUAUGAGAAAACAAUGGAAAAGACAAAGGCAAAAGAACAAAAACUCUCAGAUUCUGGAGCCCCAGAGGCUAGUCUGUCACCUCCUACUUCCCCACCAAGCCGGCCCCGUAAUGAAAUGAAUGUUUUUAGUCGUCUUACUGUUUCUCAGGGAAACACAUCAGUUCAGCAGGAUAAGGGGAUAAUUAACCCUUUCCCUGCUUCAAAAUACAUCCGAUCUUCCCCACUUCAGUGUAUCUCUACAGCUGAAGGACACACCAAGGCUGUGCUUUGUGUUGAUGCAACUGAUGAUCUUCUCUUCACUGGAUCUAAAGAUCGUACUUGUAAAGUCUGGAAUCUGGUAACUGGACAAGAGAUUAUGUCUCUGGGGGGUCAUCCCAAUAACGUUGUUUCUAUAAAAUAUUGCAACUACACUAGCCUGGUUUUCACAGUCUCAACUUCCUAUAUCAAGGUGUGGGACAUCAGAGAUUCUGCCAAGUGUAUUCGGACACUGACGUCUUCGGGACAAGCGAUGCCUGGGGAUGUGUGUUCAGGAAGUACUAACAGAACAGUCACUAUCCCGGCUGGAGAGAACCAGAUCAAUCAGAUUGCACUAAAUCCUACCGGCACUUUCCUCUAUGCGGCUGCUGGAAACUCAGUGAGGAUGUGGGACCUGAAGAGAUUUCAGUCUACGGGAAAACUAACUGGUCAUCUGGGCCCUGUUAUGUGCCUUACUGUGGACCGAAUUUCCAAUGGGCAAGAUCUUAUUGUCACUGGCUCAAAGGAUCAUUAUAUCAAGAUGUUUGAUGUAACUGAAGGGGCUCUCGGAAGUGUAAGUCCUACACACAAUUUUGAACCUCCUCAUUAUGAUGGCAUUGAAGCACUUGCUAUUAUGGGAGACAACCUUUUCAGUGGAUCCAGAGACAAUGGAAUUAAGAAAUGGGAUUUGGCUCAAAAAGACCUUAUACAGCAAGUUCCUAAUGCUCACAAAGACUGGGUGUGUGCUCUUGGCCUGGUACCUAGCGCCCCGGUUCUCCUCAGCAGCUGCAGAGGCGGUAUGCUGAAGCUCUGGAAUGUGGAAACCUUUGCACCCGUUGGGGAGAUGAAGGGACAUGACAGCCCUAUCAACGCAAUCUGCACCAACUCCAGCCACAUAUUCACAGCAGCAGAUGACCGGACUGUGAGGAUCUGGAAAGCUCGAAAUGUAAUAGAUGGGCAGAUCUCAGAUGCUGGAGAUGCAAGUGAAGAUCUUGCCAGUAGUUGAAAUGAUGGGUAGAAGUGAAUAUAUUGAUGGAAUUGCAGUGCACUCUAUGCAGUUUGCUGCAUGCUUAUUAGGCAAACACUGAUGACUGGAAUGAACUGAGAAAUGAGAGUGAACUCUUCUACUAGAACUGCUGUCCUUAAAACAUGUACUGUAUUUGAGAAAAAAUAACCUCCUGGUAAUAUGCUUGUGUCUAAAUGAUCAUAUAUAUAUCUAUAUAUAAUGGCUGAAUUUGUGUGCAUAUGUAACACUUGCAGUUUAAAUUAACUGGAAAUUGGUCUUCUCUAAUGACUGUCUCAAAAUUAUAUCCUGGAAUAUAUUAAAGAAGUGCUCUGCUGUAUUUCACUCACAAGUAUGAUCAGCCAUUUUGGAUUUUAGGGUAACAUGGGAGUAAUGAUGUACCCUUAAUAAGCCUUUGAUGAAGACAGACUUUGUUUCAAGCUUCUAAAAGGUCACUUACAGAGCUGUUAUGAAAGUGGAGUGAAUAAAAGAUGAGAGGAAGCUGCUAGUGACAGAUCAUUCUGAUAUGACUGUAUCCUGCUAACAGUGAAUGCCAUAUGAUUUGUGUUAAUGUUAGCAUAUAAUCCUUGUUGACCAAAGUUGUGCAGCUAUGUAUGCUCUGUGCUCAGGACUAGAACUAAAAUGCUCAUAAAUUGGUAUUUUUUUUAGUGUUUUGCCUAUAUUCUGUAAUGACUAGGUGUUCUUAAUGUCAUAACAGAAAUAUAUCUUAAUCUACUUUUCUUAUGGAUUUGUUUCUGUCAUCUCACAUGUUCUUUCUUUUUUUUAAGCAAAAUGUCUUUCCUUUUUAUCUAAUUUUAUAUGCUGCUAAAUGUAUUUUAAAUACACUGUUUUGCAAACCUUGGCAAUUACUAUGAGAACUGAACCAUCUGUAUGGGAAAAAGCAAUGUAAAUAGAUGGUUGUACAAAGAGAAUAUCUUAUCUUGUGCCUGUAUGAAUUUUAAAAUUCUUAGAGUGUGGAUUUGAGGGAGAAUGUAUAAUAUAUCCAGCUGCUCUGAGUAUUAAUUUGUAAAUUCUGCAGAUUUUAAAAUUUUAUGUAGAUUCAGAAAUUGUGUUUGGAUGUUGAGGUUUUUUUUGCAGAAAAUAUCAGUCUGUAAAUUAGAGCUUAUGUAGGUGACACUUAAAUAUAGAUGUGAAUGUGAA